AACGUCUUGUCGUUCGCGCUCACAUCCGGUGAUAUAUAUUUCGCCACGAGUUAGCGGCGAAUUCGGAGUGUCCAUCUUGAGAAGCAAGUCACCGUCUCCUCGUCUCUGAACCCCCCCAUCCAUCACAAUGAGCGACACCGAAAAUCAGUUUAUGGAGACUUCCGAGCAGAAUGGCAACGAGGGAGAGGAGGAGCAGAACGGAGCCGACCAAGAGGAGUUUGCUGUCAAAGAAGAAGAAGAAGAAGCAGAAGGCGAAGUAGAAGGAGACGUAGAAGCAGAGGUAGAAGGAGACGUAGAAGCAGAACCAGAAGCAGCAGCAGCAGAAGCAGCAGCAGAAGGAGGCGAAGGCGACGUAGAGGCAGAAGGAGAAGGCGAGGGAGAUGCUGAGGCCGAAGUAACGCCGGAGGAAGCCGGAGACGGUGGAAAAAUCAACGCUAGCAAAGGAGAAGAUGAUGCAGGUAAAAUGUUCGUGGGCGGCCUGAGCUGGGACACCAGUAAAAAGGACCUGAAGGACUACUUCUCGAAGUUCGGCGAGGUCUCGGACUGCACCAUUAAGAUGGACGCCAGCACGGGCCGAUCCCGCGGCUUCGGAUUCGUCCUUUUUAAAGACUCCUCCAGCGUGGACAAGGUCCUAGAGCAGAGCGAACACAGACUGGACGGACGUCAAAUCGACCCCAAGAGGGCCAUGGCGAUGAAGAAGGAGCCUGCAAAGAAGAUCUUUGUUGGAGGGCUGAAUCCUGAGGCCACAGAAGAAACCAUCAGGGAAUACUUUGGAACUUUUGGAGAGAUUGAGACCAUUGAGCUGCCAGUUGAGCCCAAGAUGAAGAAGAGGCGGGGGUUCAUCUUCAUCACAUACAAAGACGAGGCCAGCGUCAAGAAGUGUCUUGAGAAUAAAUUCCACACGGUCGAAGGCAGCAAGUGUGAGUUGAAGAUCGCCCAGCCCAAAGACGUGUACCAGCAGCAGCAGUACGGGGGUGGCCGAGGGGGCGGCUACAGCGGAGGUGGUGGUCGUGGUGGCAGGUGGCGCGGCGGUGGAGGAGGAGGAGGAGGUGGCGGUGGAGCCCAGAGCCAAGGCUGGAACCAAGGCUAUGGUAACUAUUGGAACCAGGGCUACGGUUCCCAGGGCGGUUACGGAGGCUAUGGUGGAUACGGAGGCUACGACUAUGGCUCAGGCUACUAUGGUGGAUAUGGCGGCGGCGGCGGCGCUUAUGAUUACAACCAGGGCAGUGCCAGCUUUGGGAAAACUCCAAGACGGGGAGGCCACCAGACUAGCUACAAGCCAUACUGAUCACAUUGUAGUGCAAGUGCUCAAGUGAUCCAGUGUAAGAUUGGACUUAUGGUAGCCUGGCGGGGACACAAGACUCCACUCAACUUUUAUGGCAGACGACCAUUUUGUACAGAAACCAUCAGAAUAAAAUGUAACUUUUUCCAAUUUUUUUUUACCCGGUCAUGUUUUGUUUUUCCCGUAGUUUUCUUUUUUUUUUCCCACAUUUCCACAACUGGAAGUGUUAUUUUUACCGUACUUUUUGGUACCUUUUGAUUCUAAUGUAUUGUAAGGGUUGUAUUUUACAUGUCUGCUGACUUUACAGAACAAAACAUUGAUGCUGUAAAGGAGCUUUUGUUUUGUUUUUGAAGAAAAAAUAAACAUUUUUCAGUAAUUUUUUUUCCCCCUGUUCUGGUGCUUCCAGACUCUUGAGCCAAGUCUUAAGUUCACCUGGAAGGGCACAAGGUCAAGUGGGUGUCCUCUGCAGUAGGGUCUAGUUACUGAGGUUUAAAGUGGCCAUGGUUACCAAAUCAACAAAACAAUUAUGAUAUAACUAAAUUCCAAUGAACAAAAAAAUUCUUUUUAAAUUCAAAAUGUUAACGAUCUUUCUCCCCCUUUACCACAUGGCCGAUGUUGGAAUAUGAUAAUUCAAUGUAAAUAGACUUGUAUCUGCGAAAGGGAAUGCUUGCCUCUUUUGUGUCCUCGUCAACCGGUGCGCACCUUUCUGGAUGUUUUAAAGGGCAGUGUCUUCAGAUAUGACUAAUGCGGAGAAGGGCUUGCUGAUAUGGACUGCUGUCUGGAAGGGGGAGGGGGUUCUUUUCGCUUCUGUGUUGACUUAAUUUGUGUGGUAUGCCUAUGUUUUAAGUGAUAGCUCUGGAAUUAGAUGUCUUCAAAGUUUGUUUAUAGGACCAGGCCCUCUGGGGUCUACACAAACUAGUGUAUUUGGCAGUUUGUUAGUAAUAAAAAAACCUUUGGUUUAAGUGUCUUCUAAUGCUUAAAGUUACUGUUAAUGAUAAUGCACAUUGUAACCGGAAACCACUUUGUUCCCGACUUAUUUCACUGUCAACUUUGGUUGCCAUUUAUUGUUCAAGUCUCAAAGAUGACUGCUAAUCCAAGCUUGGGUUGAAAAACUAGUCUCAUCGUUUGGGGAAAGUUAUGACUUGAGUGGUAAUUGUUCAAUGUGGUUUAUGCAGCAGAGACGCAAAGUAAACGUGCUUGCGUUUGGCAAGUGGUUCAAAAAGUAUCUCGGAGCACAGGUAAGAAUUGUUAUGGAAGUGGAAGUAGUGGUAAAUAAACCACGCCUACGGGUUAAUUAACCCGUAAAUAAUUAAUUACGUAAUUUGUCAAGGCUUGAGAAAACUGCUACCAAUGGCCGGGAGUGGCUCUAAUCAAAAUGGGGGUCUUAAGGAUAUGGUCAUGGACUGGGAGGACAACGGGCAGUGACUAUCCUGGUCUUUUUGUCUCAACGUUGUACUGCAGCCGGUGGUACAACGAAGAGGUCAAGAAGAACCCUGGUUUCCCUUGCAUAUAAUCCACAGCCGACAUUGGUUGGACCGAUUGUAUGGGUUCCAGGCUUUAAACUGACGAUUUUAAGGAAAAUGAAUGGGAAAUGGAUCCGGAACCAGAGC